AUGGAGUAUCAUAUUCAUCCUUGUGCUUCAAGAAGAAUCUCUCUCCUCCCUUUGGCUCUCUGCCUAGUAUUAUCCAUCACAAUCACCACCACUGUCUCAGCUUUCAACCGCACCACUAUCAGAUUUGAUGAAGGCUAUACCCCUCUCUUCAGUGACUUUAAUAUCGACCGAUCACCCGAUGACAAGACCGUCCGCCUCCUCCUCAACCGCUUGUCAGGUUCUGGGAUUAUAUCAUCUGAUUAUUACAAUUAUGGUUUCUUUAGCGCCAGAAUCAAGAUGCCAGCGAAUUACACAGCAGGCAUUGUUGUUGCAUUUUACACAUCGAACAUCGACACAUGGGAGAAGAACCACGACGAAUUGGAUUUCGAGUUUCUGGGCAAUGUUAAUGACCGGCCAUGGAGGUUUCAAACCAAUAUGUAUGGCGGUGGAAGCGUAUCCCGUGGGAGGGAAGAGAGGUACAGAUUGUGGUUUGAUCCAAGCAAGGAGUCUCAUCAGUACAGCAUUUUUUGGUCCCCCAAAAACAUCAUAUUUUACGUUGAUGAUAUACCGAUAAGGGAAGUUAUACACCAUCCGGACUUGGGGGGAGAUUAUCCAUCCAAGCCAAUGUCCCUAUAUGCCACAAUCUGGGAUGCCUCCUCAUGGGCUACAAAUGGUGGCAAAGCAAAAGUAAACUACGAAUAUGAACCGUUUGCUGCUGAAUUCAAAGACCUUGUUCUUGAAGGCUGUAGAGUUGAUCCCAUUGAGCAAAUCUCAUCCACCAAUUGCACUGAUAGAAUUGCUAGACUCAUUGCUCAAGAAUAUGCAACGAUUAAGCCCGAGGGUCGGAAGGCAAUGAAAUGGUUUCGAGAAAGAUACAUGUAUUAUUCUUACUGUUACGAUAACUUAAGGUACAAAGUUCCCCCACCAGAAUGUGUCAUAGUUCCAACUGAGAAGGAGAGGUUCAGGGACACCGGAAGACUCCGUGAAAAGAUGAGGUUUGGUGGCAGCCAGAAGAGGAUCCGCCGUGGCCGGAGCUCAAGACGGAGGAGCAGGAAUCCGGCUGCCUCAGGUUCUGGCAAGGGGGUGGCUGCUGCUGCUGCUAUGUGAUUUGUGUAGUGUACAAUAUGUGAGAUGUUACAAUACCAUGUUGGUUUGAGAAUUUGAGCCAUGUGGUUUUGUUAAUAUUCAUGAUGUGGAAAAUUGUAUAUUUAUGUACCCGUAUAAAU